GGGUAGGAGUACGCAGAAAAAAAUGUAAUUAUCGACCUGCCGCGGAGGGAAGAAGCUCUUGGACUAAUGGCCGAGCCGACGAACUACUGGGAUGGCUGCAAAGGGUGGUUGUCGGUCCGCAACGCGGACGGUCCCGUUCUCUCUGUGAGAUACAAGGAUUCGACAUUAGCACGAGGAUCCUCCUGCAGCCGCCGAAGGGUCGGCUUCUCGGCCCGAACAGUUCCCGACUAGAGCGAAGCCUCUCAACGAGAUCGCCGUCCCGUAUAUUAGCCGUGGACGACUCGUUGACAGUCGUCAGUCUAUAUAAAGAUGCAACGACAGCUAGUUUACGCGGCUUAUCGCUUACGUUUCCGGGAUUCAGCGGCAUUGAGACACCACUUUACAACCCCCUGUGCGUGAACGAGAGGAGCAUGGCCAGUGAAACGCGCGCCCGUACGCUGAUAUGCGCGCUCGUGAUCGCACUCGUCGCGAUGCAGCAGGCAAACGCCGCGAUGACGAUGGAACAGAUAGAGAAGACUGCGGCGACGCUACGGAACACGUGCGUGUCGAAGGUGAACGCGAAUAUGGAUACGGUGCUCGCAAUUCAGAAGGGAGAGUUCCCGGACGACCGCUCGUUAAAAUGUUACACGCAUUGCAUAAUGAAGACAAUACGAACUUAUAAAAACGGACGUGUGGACGAGGGAAUGAUGCUUAAGCAGCUGGACUUGAUGAUGCCGGCCGAUAUUGCUGUGCUUAUGAAGGAGACCACAAAAAUCUGCGCGGCGGAACCACCCACUGGUGACGAUUGCGAAACGACCUUCAACUUCGUUAAGUGCAGCUACAAUAAUGACCCGGACCACUUCUUCUUCCCCUGAGCGCAAUCGUACGGAGGCAUAAUGAUUAUUCGAUUGCAACACGAUUACACAGACGCAGCAUGGAUGUAAUAAAGAGUUGUGGUCAUUUCUUU